AUGCUUUGCGUGUAUUGGAAUCACGAAGCUCUUCAAGAAAUUAUCAUUCGCGACUCCUUUUAUACUAACGAAUUUGAGAUAUUCUAUACGGUUUGUCGCUGGAUCCAUCAGAAACACGACGAUCUGGAUCAUUAUUCUAAAGUCAAAGUUUUAUCCGCCGUCAGAUAUUCGUUAAUGAGUAAUGACGAAAUGUCUAAGGCUAGAAAAUCAAAACUGGUGGGUUCGGAUAUAAUUUCAGAAGCCAUACAAAAGAGAAAAACGUCGUCACCGGAACAUCAAUUUCGAGGACAGCGAAAACCCAAUGUGAAUCUUUUUUAUGAGUCCGAGACGUUUAUACUAACCAAUGGGAAUCGUAUUCCUUGGACUAGGCGUCGUACGGAUUACUAUGACAUUGAUCUUGAUGGCGGUUAUAAUAUGAUAAGAUUUGUCAAUCCAUCUCUUAUAAAUUAUAUUGAGAUAAAGUUAUGGUAUGGAUCUACGACGGAAGAUCAUAGAAUUUACUCUUAUUACAUUGAAGUUUCAAUGGAUGGGUACAAUUGGACACGUCUUAUAGAUUAUUCAAAUUAUAAUUGCCGAUCGCUUCAACGAUUAUGGAUUCAACCACGCAUAGUUCAGUAUAUACACGUUGUUGGAUCCAAAAUUGAUCCCAAUGUGACUUUUAAUAUUUGUGAUGUCAAGUACAAUACAACAGAAAUGGACAUGGUGGAAAUCAAUAAUGGAUUAGUCUUUCCUAAGAUCAACUACAAUGUCACUUCAAGUUAUUUAAACAAUGCCAUUGUUAUCAAAGGUGAACAAAGUUAUACAUACAAUUCACUACUAGAUGAUUUUUACAAUGAUGACAAUGAUACCGACGAAAGGAAAGACCUAUACACGUAUCAUCGGCUGGGAGAAGGUUUUAUAGUGGUUCAUCUUGCUCAACCCUAUAUACUUAGUUCAAUAAGGUAA